AUGUUAAGCGCAAUCUUUAAUAUCGGGAAAGACUCUUCAAAUAGUACAAAAAUAGUGGUACAACCAGAAGGUUCAUCUAGAGAAGAUUUAAUUUAUACUGUUUAUAAACAAUAUUGUACUAAAAGAAGAAUUUCGGAUGCAUACAAACGUUUAAAAAAUGGUUUAAAAGGAAUGCAGGAUAAUUAUCUUCAAUCUAAAGAAGAAAAAAUUUUUACUCGUUAUCCAAAAUUGCAACACAUGAUUCAUGAGGUUGUUCUCCUAGAGAAACAAUAUUGGCAACUCUUAGAUAUUCCAAAUUACGAAGUUAUUGAAUCACCAAAUGAAUAUGUUUCAAAAAUAAUUAAUAUACUUGAUAAAAAAAAUACUGCUCCACAAAAAUGUUCUGGAAUAUCAAGCUUAUUAGGAGCUACAAUUGGAAAUGUUGACAAAACAAAGGAUAUGGCUUUAUCUGAAAAUUUAAGAAAUAAAUCUACUGAAGAAUUACGGAAAGAUUGUGAGCGUCUUUAUAUUGAAAUUUUUAAAAUUUCAAAGAAGUACUUAGGUCUUCGCAAAAUAUUAAAAGAACUUACUAACAAUUAUCAACAUUCAAGAUUUUUCCCUAUUAUACCACGUUAUCAACUUUUAAAAUCUAUGAUUAAACAAAUUUUAAGAGCACCAGAGUUUUCUGAAAUCUGCCAUGAAAUUGAUGAAUACUAA